AUGGGGUGGCCGGUGAGCGUGCGGAGCCCCCCGGUGCUGCAGUCCAAGCUGCUGUGCCUGUCCCUGCUCUACCUCCUCACCACGCUCCCGCCCGCGCUCUACGUCUCUUUCACCGACCCCGGCCGCCGCGGCUGCCUCCGCCUCCUGCCCUUCCCCUCCCCGCCCAAGCCGCUCUUCCGGUACCCGCCCAGCUACGGCGAGCACAGGCAUGCCCUGCCCACCCCCCGCGCGCUCUGCUUCAACCCCGUCGCCUUCGCAGACCACAAGACUGCCUUGGAAGAGAUCCAUGGCCUCUGCCGCAACACCUCGGCGUCCCCUGCAUUGCGGUACCAGAGCGGCGGGAGGGGCACGUUUGCGGGCAACUUCUCCACCGACGAACGGAGAUCCUUCUUCAGCCACACCGACGACCAAGUGGCGAUUCCCUGUGGGUUCUUCAGGGAAUUUCCCGUCCCAGAACAUGACAGAUUGGCCAUGGAGAAGUGCAGGGGCGUGGUGGUGGCGUCGGCGAUCAUGAACGACCACGACAAGGUCCGGCAGCCCAGGGGGCUGGGUUCCGAGACGCUACGCACGGCGUGCUUCUUCCUGUUCAUUGACGACGCCACCCGCAGGGUCCUGGCGCGGCAGGGCGUCCUUCCUGCUCGCGACGCCCGCAGCGGCGGCGGCGAACACACCACCGUCGGCGCGUGGCGCGUGGUGACGCUGGGCCGUCGCGCCGGCGGCGGGCGCCUCCCCUACGAGGACCCGGCGAUGAACGGCGUGGUCGCCAAGCACCUGCUGCACCGGCUGUUCCCGAACGCCAGGUUCAGCGUGUGGGUGGACGCCAAGGUGCAGCUCACGGUGGACCCGGCGCUCCUGGUGCACGCGCUCCUGGAGGCCUUCGCGACGGCGCGGUGGCGCAAGUGCGGCGACGUGGACGCCGUCAGGGCGCAGAUGGAAACCUACUGCGCCAACGGCCUGCAGCCAUGGUCCCCCAGCAAGCUUCCAUAUCCGUCGGAUGUGCCGGACACGGCGGUGAUCAUCCGGAGGCACGGCGUGGCCAGCGACCUCUUCUCCUGCCUGCUGUUCAACGAGCUGGAGGCGUUCAGCCCGCGGGACCAGCUCGCGUUCGCCUACGUCAGGGACCAGAUGAGCCCCAAGGUGAGCAUCAACAUGUUCGAGGUCGAGGUGUUCGAGCAGAUCGCCGUCGAGUACCGGCACAACCUCAAGCCUGGCGGCGGCGGCGGCGGCGGCCGAGGGAAGCAGCAGGGCGGCACCAGGAUGGCAUCCUCGAGAGACAUCGCCGGGAGCAGCUGCGAGAGGUAUCUUCUCAAGAUGUGGGGGGAGUCUGCUGACUAA